AUGGUGUUAGAAGGUCUGUUUCUGGAGUCAGUCGAGGCUGCUGUAGGUAAAUCUGUUUCUGAGGGCAAGGUUUUGGUGGUAUAUUGUUCUUUUGGGGAUGACGCUUGGUUGAACAGUUGGUUUCGUUUGAAGGAAAGCAUCGAAGAGUUGAAUAAAGUUGCUGUUUGGUUGAAAUUAAUAGAUGGAACUCAAGAUUUCAUGUAUUUCAAGCAGAUAUCACCUAAUGUCAGCAUUCCCGGGGUCACUGUUAUCAAGAAUGGUCAAAUUUCAUUGGAAUUGUCAGAAUCUGAUAGUUUGGAUGAUAAUUGGGGGAAGCUUUGUGGUACCCUUGAAAUACCAAUUAAUAAAGACACUGAGCCAGUUGUAAAGAAGGCGAAAAUAGUUAUGGAUGAGCAGCCUGUAGAUCAGGAAAGUUCUUCUAGAAUAUUGUACUAUAAUGAAACUAUCAAAAGACAGCAUGAUGAAAAAUUGGAACGAGAUAGAAUUUUAGAGUUGAUCAAGGCUGAUAAAGCACAACGUAACAACCUAACGCAUACCGAAAAUAGUAGUCAAAAGACAACAGAGGUUUUGGAUAAUAUUAGAGAUCAAUCAAGACUUCAUUCAAAAAAAUGUAUGUUAUUAAUUAGAUUAACAGAUGGGAAAACAUUGAAAAAUGAAUUCGAGUCGUCUCAAAAUUUAAAUGAUGUAAGAAAAUGGGUAGAUGCAUCUAGAACAGAUGGUGAUGCACCUUAUCUUUUCCAUAGGACAAUACCCAGAAUGACGUUCACCGAUGGUGAUGAGAUCAAGACUUUAGAUUCAUUAGAGCUAGCACCAAGAUCAGCAUUGAUUUUAAAAUCUUUAGAGAAUUCCAGUAAUAAAUUAAAUAUAACAAACACACAAUCACCAGGCCUAUUCAGUAGAGUAAUAAGUGGAUUUUCAAGCUGGCUGAAUACUGAAGUAGAAGAUGAGCUCGAUAAUUUUGAUGGCAGGAUUGAUUACAAAAGCCCAGAUGUACUAAAAAAUUUGCAUACACCAAUACUUCCUUCCAAUAGGGCCACUCCAAACGAGAAUGGUCCAAACGAUACAAGUAAAAACAAAGAGACCUCGGGAUCAGAAUCUCCAGCAACUGGCAGUGCCAUCCAAGAAGUACCAUGUUCCAGAAGUGUGUCACCAAAUGUAUAUCAAUUUGUCAAUUCUGCUGAUAAAGACGACCAAAGAGAAAACUCGACUUUCAAUGGUAACAACAUUAGUCUGGAAAGCCAUAAAGAUGAUUGA